AUGGGUAUCCUCACCGUUGUCGAAGAACGGCCGACGCCGCCAUCGGUCUACAACUGGCGAAUCUACGUCCUCGCCGUCAUUGCGUCUUGCGGAUCUUGCAUGAUCGGAUAUACGAGCGCCUUCAUCGGUACGACGAUCAAGCUUGAGUCCUUCAAGACGGAAUUCGGCCUGGACACACAGUCUACAGCGGCGAGAAACCUUAUCAGCGAGAACAUUGUCUCACUCUUUGUCGCCGGGGCUUUCUUUGGCGCUCUCCUCACCUACUGCCUCAGCUACUUUAUCGGACGCAAGUGGUGCUUGGCCAUCGGCGCAACUACGUUCUCCCUCGGUGCUGGACUCACCUGCGGUGCUACCGGCAGCACUGGCUUGGGUAUCCUUUACGCUGGACGAGUUUUUUCGGGACUGGGAACUGGUGUCGCAUCGAACAUCAUUCCAAUCUACAUCUCCGAACUGUCUCCCCCAGCGAUCCGUGGUCGACUCGUCGGUCUCUAUGAACUUGGCUGGCAAAUCGGUGGCUUGGUUGGCUUCUGGAUCAACUUCGGUGUCGAACGUCAUGUUCCCGUUGGUCGUAUCCAAUGGAUCAUCCCAUUUGCCGUUCAGCUGGUCCCCUCCGGCCUCCUACUGAUUGGUUCAUGCUGGAUUCGGGAAUCGCCGCGGUGGCUCUUCCUUAAGGACUACCGCAAGCAGGCGAUGGAGAAUCUGUGCUGGAUCCGCCAACUGGAACCCAACGACCUCUACAUCCAGGAAGAAAUUGCGGCCAUCGACAAGAUUUACGAGAUGCAAAAGUCUACCGUCGGUCUCGGUUUCUGGCAGCCUUUCCAGGCUCUCGGCCAGCGUCCGAACUUGCAAUGGAGAUUGUUCUUGGGUUGCAUGCUGUUCUUUUGGCAAAACGGAUCAGGUAUCAAUGCAAUCAACUACUACUCUCCCACCAUCUUCUCCAGCAUCGGCAUCGAUUCCAACACUGUCAACCUGAUGACCGGUAUCUUCGGCGUCGUCAAAGCUGUCAUGACCUUCGUGUGGCUGUUGUUCCUUGUUGACCAGCUCGGAAGACGGAAGCUUUUGCUCAUCGGUGCAAUCUGCGGUUCCAUCUGCAUGUGGGUGAUUGGGGGUUACAUUGCUAUCGCCAAACCUACAGAGAACCCUCAAGAUCACUUGACUGCAAGCGGUUAUGUUGCCAUCGUGUUCUUUUAUCUCUGGACCGCGGUGUAUACUCCCUCGUGGAACGGUACUCCUUGGGUUAUUAACUCUGAGUUCUUCGACCCUAACUUCCGCUCCCUGGCUGGUGGUGCUACCACUGCGAGCAAUUGGCUCUUCAACUUUCUCGUCUCCCGCUUCACGGAGCAGAUGUUUGCCGCGAUGGGCUAUGGCGUUUACUUCUUCUUUGCGACUCUGUCCUUCUUCGCAUUCUUCUUUGCGUUCUUCCUCAUCCCCGAGACGAGCGGCGUUCCGCUCGAAAAGGUUGAUAGGCUGUUCGAGAUCAAGCCGGUCUGGAAGGCAAACGAGACCUUGAUGGCCCAGCUUAGAGAAGAGGAGGUGCAGUUCCGCACAGACGCUAAGGGCGAGGCCACGCACAAGGAAGUUGCGAACGGAAACAAGUCAGAGUCGGACUCAGCUUGA